AUGCCGUCACUCAGGACGCCGUCCCCACUGCGCCUCGUCACUAAGCCCCAGAGCUCCGGCAGAGAAGUGCAUCGGCUGGAUCCGAAUGGGGAGGUCACUCUUUUGAUGACCCGGUUUGUGCAAUAUACUGACGAUGGCUCAAACUGUCAAGACCCCGAGGACUCAUGCGAGAUGGAAGCUAAUAGUCCACACGAAGAAGAAAUCUCCAUAUGCGUCUCUUCCAGACACCUGAUUCUAGCUUCGCCUGUCUUUCGUGCAAUGCUUGAGCAUAGGUUUGGUGAAAGCCAGGCCCUGCGUGCGGUGGGCAGUGUUGAGAUCCCUCUUCCCGACGAUGACCCGGAUGCCUUUCUGAUCGUUUUGAACAUUAUCCACGGCCACCUACGUCAAGUCCCGCUGCAGGUCGACCUUCAGAUGCUGACCCAGCUCGCUAUCCUUGUGGACAAGUACGAGCUGCAUGAGCGUACCGAAGUAUUUGCAGGCUUUUGGUUCGGUAAUCUGAUACCUAAUAUCCCCAACUGCUAUACGGACGAUAUUCCUUUUUGGACAUGCGUCUGCUGGGUCUUUAACAAGCCAGAGGAGUUCAAAAGAGUUACUAGGCUGAUUUUGAGGCAUGGACGAGGUACCUUGACCUUCAAGGAGCUGCCCGUGCCGUCAUUUGUUGCUGAUGCAAUCAAUAGCCGGCGAGAGGAGGCUAUAAGGCGAAUAAUGUCUUCUCUUAUCGAUCAUCUUGAUGAUUACCUGGAUAAUGAACAUUGUAGCUUCGAGUGUGACGCAUUGAUGGUUGGUGCUCUGACAAAACGUCUGCGCGCCUUUAAUAUCCUACCAAAUCGCCCAAAGUCACCUUAUACAGGCCUCAGCCUUCAGGACUUCAGUCAUCGGUUUCGUCAUGGCAUGUAUUUUCCAGCUGCCCAGAGGACGAGCACCUUUUUCUACAGUCACUCGAAGUGUGCAAUCCCAUCCAUUGAUCGUAUGCUAGCAGAGUGCGAAAAACUAUCAGAUGGCCUAGAUAUGGCAGACUAUAAGACUGCCUUGACGUUAGCGCUGUGA